AUGCCUGUCGUCGCCGCCACUUGGACGCUGCAAAGCACGCCCUCCCAAGCAGCCGAGUCGUGCUUUGGUCUGCAGCAGGAGGGCGGCGAGUCCGUCUUCGAAGACGAGCGCCAACUCGUUGACCCAAUGCACCUUGCCCCCGGGGGCAAGUACCGCUCCAUCGUCAAACUCUUCAUGCACUACGCCGGCCAGUCCCCCAAUGACACCCGCUACGCGAUGGGCACGGGCUGGCUCAUCCGGGACGACCUCCUCGUGACGGCAGGCCACUGCGCCUUCGACUGGAAGGAGGGCUUCGGCCGGGCCAACGAGGUCAAGGCCUACAUCGGAUACAACGGGAAGGGGUCGAUCGACAGCCCGUCGGCGAACGUGCAGUUCCGGCACGGGGUCCGCAUCGUCACCACCGAGGGGUGGCUGCACUCGUCCUCGAACCGCCACAACGACUUCUCCGACACCCCCGUGGCGGGCUCCGACUCGAUCGGGGUUGUCGGGUACCCCGGCGAUAUGCGGUACAAGGGGGAGCCGGGCGCGCAGAUGUACGAGGAGUUCAAGGCCGUGCAGUGGAACCGCCAGGCGGCUGCGAACCAUAUGCUGGAAUAUCGGAUCGAUACUUACAAAGGCCAAUCCGGCUCCCCCGUCCUCCUCGAGAACCAACCCCACAUCUCCAUCGGCGCCCAUGUCUACGGCGACGUCGGCAACAACUCCGCCAGUCCGAUCAGCAACAGCAGCCCCAGCACCGCGGACAAUCUCCUCCUCGGCAAUCCCUACACAGACUACAUCAGCGUGUUCGAGAGCUACCAAACCUACCCCGUCCAAAGGUCCGACCCGCAAACCGGCAUCCAGUACCUGCUGGUCGACCGCCUCGGCCAGCGCCAGACCCGCACCGCGGAAGAGAACUUCUGGGACGACCUCAAAGACGUCCUGCAUGUCGGCGCGCCCAUCGUCUCCGGCGCCCUGACGACCGUCAGCCCGUUCUUGGGGCCGAUCGGGGGCUCCGUGGCCGCGUUGGCUGGCACGGCCAUCUCGGCCGCGGCGCAGAAGUGCGCGGAGAGUGGGUUCGUGGAUUCCACGCCCACCACCACCACCACCACCCUUGUAAGUGGUAGUGGUCCGAGCACCACCCUGUCUGGAGGGAGUUCGUCCCCCGGCUCGGCGCAGGAGAGUAUCCUGGCCGAAGCAGCGCUGCAGGCCUUCCUGAGAGCGGACGCGGAGAAGAUGAAGGAGCUGGGGAUCAGCACGAAGAUCAUGGUCGAGUACCAGAAGGCGGCGGCGGACGCGGAGGCGGUGGCGCCCCGGCUGCUGCCGGCGGUGGUCAUGCCCGCCGCCCUGCAGGUCGUCCAGGACGUGCUGGCGGGCACCAGCACCGAGUCCGCCAUGGUGACCUUUGGGACCGCGUCGGCGGCCAAGGUGUCUGCGCUGCGCUCGACGACGGCCACUUCAUCCUCCUCGAUGGCCUCGUUCACCGCGACGAUGGCGGGUGAGGACAGAGGGCUUAGCGCUGACCCCUUCACUACUCGGCUAGUCCGCGCGGCGCAGCAGUCCCCCGGAGAUGAGAGUUUCUGGAGCACGUUCAGCACGGUACUGUCGGCGGCGAGUCACGGGGUCGGCGCCGUGCAGACGGGGCUGUCGGUGGUGAGUCAGUUGAUCCCCUACACCAAGGCCAAGGGGGCGGAGAGUGCUUUCGAUUCCUUGGCGGAAGAGGAAACGCCCAUGGACCAGCAAAUGAAGACCCUGGGCCGUCGCGCCCUGUUGGCUGGGGCGACUUUGCGCGUGCUUCGCGACUUGCCCUCAACGAAGGAGGAGGAGAGCUUCUUCACCGCAAUCCAGUCGGCAGUGCAGAAGAUCGGGCCCUCGGUCAUGAAGUACGCCCCCGUCGUGGUCUCGGCCGUGCGGCCGGUGAUCGCCGCGUUGGCGGCGCCCAAGUUGCAGCAGCAGCAGGCAGAAACGAUGGUGACGGCGUUUGGAAAUGGCGAGUCGAGCUAUGCCUCGUCGAGCUCGCGCGAAUCGAAUGGGCUGGUGGUGCCGCGCGUGAUCCGGAAGAAGACGAGUCAGAGCUUCUAUGACAAGGUUAUGGGCGCGAGUCCGACGAACGGUGAGUUUCUGGAUGUUCCGGUGGGGUGUGGACAUGAGCUGACCAUGAUUCCUGCAGGUGUUAGUGUCCGGACUGUCGUUGUGUGA